GGUAGAGAGGGUUUACUGUGGCUGCUUCAUGACAUCACUAGAGAUGGUCGGCAUCUCUCUUACUAUCCUCAUCCUGGACCGGAGUAGACACCGAGCCUCGUAUCUUGAUCAGGCAACCUCAGCUCCAGCGUGGCCAUCUGUAUCUCAUCGCCAUGGUAACAUAUCACUUGGUAAAGAACUCCCAGUUUUAGAACAAGCUUCUUUAGGAUCCAUGCACCCAUGUGACAAGAAAAGGAGAGAAAAUGAGUAAUGAGUCCUGUAAGAGAAUUAAGACUGUUUUGAGCAGUGUAUGCUAUCGAUUGAUGGAGAGUGAGAAGCUUUUAAACGAUCUUGACACCAGCAGCGGGGACGGAGACUGUGGAUCCACUCUUAGAAGGGGUGCAGAAGCAAUGAAGACCUGGAUUGAAAGCGAAGAGCUGCUCUAUUUUAGUGAUGUCACUGGUCACAUGUCUCUUAUUGCUGAGGAGGCUAUGGGAGGAAGCUCAGGGGCGUUCUAUGGGUUGUUCCUGCUAGCAGCUCAACAAGCAUUAGGAGAUGAACCUGGAUUUGGUGAUUGGGUAGAACCCAUAGGAAAGUGA